AUGAUACUUUCUAAAGCUGUUAUUGCUCGAGAGCCGACGCAACCUCUAACUGUGAGGUGGUCAUUAGAGGAUGUGGAUGUUUACCCACCCGGUGAUGGCGAAGUUCUUGUGGAAAUGCGUGCUUCUGGAAUUUGCCAUACUGACAUUGUGUUGACUUCCGUGCCGCAAGGUGAAUUUGGCGUCAGUUAUCCAAAGGUGCCGGGACAUGAAGGUGCAGGAAUUGUCCGUGAUGUUGGCAAGAAUGUACAUGUCGUCGCGGUCGGAGACCCGGUUCUGCUGUCUUUCCACGCCUGCUUCUCCUGCGAACAAUGCAAGAGCGGCCACCCUGCUUAUUGCAAUUCUUUUGCACAGGAAAACUACGCCGGCCGUGGGCAAUUGAUGUCAGUACGGGAAAGCGGAGAAGGAUUAUGGACUCGGUUUUUUGGCCAAUCCAGCUUUGCCCACUACAGCAUUGUGAGCGAAGCAAGCAUUGUCAAUGCCAAGGAAAUUCUGCAUCAUGAUCAUGAACUAGAGCUUUUUGCCCCUUUGGGAUGCGGAUUCCAGACGGGAAUGGGUACAGUCCAGAAUAUAGCCAUGGCGGGUAUAGCUGAAACGGUCAUGAUCAUAGGCCUGGGUGCUGUUGGAAUGGGGGCUCUGAUGACAGCCAAAAUCAGGAAUUGCAAAGCUAUCAUCGCUGUGGAUCGGAUCAAAGCUCGUCUCGAGCUGGCCAAAGAACUUGGUGCUUCACACAUACUGGAUACAAGUGAUUCAUCUUUCACCACAUUGGACGAAGCAACUCGAAUCUUGUUUGCGGAAGGAGUCUCCGUUGUGAUCGAAACGACGGGAGUGCCUGGUCUAAUCGAGCAAGGGAUUCAAUCCACAACUGCACGUGGUAAGAUAGUGCUUGUUGGAAUACCACCUCCAAGUUAUACUCUGGGUGUCAAAGUCAUCGAACACAUAAAUUCGGGCCGCGCGAUCUUGGGAUGCAUUGAAGGGGAUUGCGUCCCCCAAAUCGCCAUUCCCCAAAUGAUAAAAUGGUAUCGGGAGGGCAAGUUUCCGAUUGACAAACUGGUUAAGUUUUUCAAGGCUGCCGAUUACGAACUGGCGUUGAAUAGUUUGAAAGAAGGAUCUUCAGUCAAACCAGUCUUGUUGUGGAACCAAUGCUGA